AGUAUUCUAAAAAAAUAAAAUAGGGCCUAAAAUGCAAAUUUAGGACCGAACCAAUUUUAUUUUUUCGGGGCCGGCCCUAACUGAACGAGUUAUGCUUUUUACCAUUCUCGUGGGGAGUUGAGCUGAGGGUCGUCUUAUAUUAUACCUGCGGAGUGUACGUUUUUCCAAUAUCUAUCUAUCACCCACUACCAGUAAUAUUUUCCCAUGUCGAGCGACCGCCGCCCAGAAGAGGACCCACUUCUACUGGUUCUUCCGACCACCGCCGCCGCCGCCGCAAAAGCAAGAUCAAAGCGGUCCUAUGACGACGCCGUCGAGAGUUGCAUCGGAAGCUUCGGGUGGGCGCAGCUCCUGCAAGUCUCCCUCACUUCUCUCGCGUGGUUCUUUGACGCCCACCAGACCUUCAUCACCAUCUUCACGGACCUUGUCCCCACCUGGCACUGCGAGACGACAACCGUGUCCUCGGAGUGCCGGGGGGACAUGAAGGCCACCGAUGCCUGCGCGCUCCCGAGGGACGCGUGGGCGUGGGACGCCCCGGCGCAAACCUCGGUUGUGUCGGAGUGGUCCCUGGAGUGCGCCGGCCCGCUGGUGACCGGCCUGCCCUCCACGUCCUACUUCGUCGGGUGCCUGGUGGGCGGUAUGGUGCUCUCGACGUUCGCCGACUCCACCCUGGGCCGCAAGAAAAUGCUCGCGCUCUCGUGUUUGCUCAUGAACGUCGCCAGCAUCCUCACAGCCGCCGCCUCCAACGUGUGGGUCUACUCGUUCUGCAGGUUCCUGUCCGGCUUCGGCCGGGCAACCAUCGGAACGUGCGCGUUGGUUUUGGCAACCGAGAUCGUCGGGAGGCGGUGGCGGGGACAGGUAGGGAUCGUAGGCUUCAUUUGUUUCUCCCUCGGCUUCCUCUCUCUCCCUGCAAUCGCAUACUUGAACUCCGGCUACUCCUGGAGGUAUCUCUACCUCUGGACCGGGGUCCCGGGGGUCGUCCACUCACUCAUGGUCUUUUUCUUCGUAUCAGAGUCCCCGAGAUGGCUUUACGUUCGGGGAUUGACGACGGACUUCAUCCAAACGAUCCGAAGCAUCGCCCCACCGGACACCCGAAACUCCAUAACAUGCAGCUUCUUUGGAUCCUUCAUUAUUCAAGAAAACCAGGACGAACUAGAUUCCACAAAUCCGCCCAUGGAUUUGUACUUGGCACUAAAAGUGUUGCUCAACAAAGGUUGGGCCGUGCGCCGGCUCCUGGCGGUCAUGGGUGCGGGGUUCGGGCUCGGGCUCGUCUACUACGGCAUACCCCUCAGUGCGGGGGAGAUGCCCUUCAGCAUCUACCUCAGCACGGCCCUGAACGCCCUGUCCGAGCUACCGGCCGCUCUAAUAACCUCCCUAGUGAUAGACAAGCUAAGGAGGAAGAGCUCGCUGCUCGGACUGGGCGUCCUGUGCUGCGUUUGCUGCGGCGGGUGUGCCGUGAUGGUCGGCGACCAGCUAAAGGUCGCGCAGAUCGGGCUGGAAGUGGUGGCGUUCUUCGCCGGGUGCACCGGGUUUAACGUGUUGCUCAUAUACACGCUCGACCUGUUCCCGACGUGCGUGAGGAGCUCGGCGGUGGCAAUGGUGAGGCAGGCGCUGGUGCUCGGCGGCGCCGUCAGCCCCUUCCUCGUGGGGCUUGGCAGGUCGAACAGGUAUUAUUCGUACGGGGUUUUUGGAUUGGCAGUUGGGGCGUGCUGCUCGGUUGUCUUUUCUUUGCCGGAGACGUUCGGGAGAAAGGUCUCCGACACUAUUGAAGAAGAAGAAGACGGUCUGCAGCAGGAAAGAUAGAUAGAGGAUAUCAAUGUUUGGGAUUUUAUAUUAUUUCCUACAAAUCUAAAAAUACAAAAUAAUACUCGGGUAGUCUGUAUUUCUCUUGCUAAUACGGAGUACUAAAUUUAAAAGUAUAUAAAAAAUGAAAAAAAACACUUAAGAAACUACUAAUCUGUUGGGUUUGUGGAGGCUUGGGCUUGACUUGUAGGCUCGCCCAUGUUUUGUAAUCCUAGGUUUUUCUCAUAUAUAUUAGCGUACUUGUAAUUCCGUGAGACACCACAAGUGAAAGAAAUAAAAUCCUUCUAGUUGCCCCAUGUGGAGUAGGUUGCAGUUGGCGACCGAACCACGUUAAAUUCUUGUGUGCCGUUUGUGUUCUGUUUCUCUCGUUUCUCGCAGAUUAUUUGUGUGUGUUGUGUGCUUAAUUCCCUACAAGUGGUAUCAGAGCAAGGUUAUUCAACACGAGCACAAGAAGAUUUGUCACCUAGGGUUCUUGUGUGAAGAACCGUGUGGGAUCCAGAUCGUCCGUGUGUGUGGCCGUUCAAUUGAGGAGCGCCGCUGUGUAGGCUAUUUGUGUAGUGGCAGAAGCUGCGAUCCAGAGGAGGGACGCGCAGCAACGAAGAACCGCGUUGAGGAGCAGCCGCUGAGUGACCCGCGCACAGAUUCACCGGGAAUCUCAGCCGUCAAUCACCGUCCUUGAGCAGCAAGGAGUAGAGCUGCUGUGUCUUUCCAGCGCACAACCCAGUCGAGGUCCCAGAUCGCCGCCUUCGUUUGCGCACGGACCGCCGCACGCAGGAGUAGCGGCAGAAGGAGCCGCCGCCGUUGUCGGGAACCGUCCGUCGAGAUCGCCAUCCGCCGUCCAGAUUUGCCGCCGCCGCCGAUCAAUCUUCUCUAGCCCUGCUAGUCUGGCGGAGUUUUUUGGUGUUUUGGGCUUGUUUUGGUUUGGGCUAAAUUAAUUGAAGUGGUGGACUUGAGUUUCUGACGAAAUUACCAAGAUCUGAAAUUUUUAUACCGGGUAUCUCGUCUAGUCGUUUGAGAUGGCAGAAGAUGGGAAGUUCCGAAUUGAAAAGUUUGAUGGUACAGAUUUCAGUUGGUGGAAGAUGCAAAUUGAAGAUUUGCUGAUUCACAAAGAUUUGGACGUGAUUUUGGGUGACAAGCCAGAAAAGAUGUCGAAUGCAGAUUGGGCAGGUUUGGAUCGGAAAGCAAUGUUCGUGAUCCGACUCUCGUUGACCAAGAAUGUUGCGUUCAACAUUCUGAAGGAGAAGACGUCGAAGGGAUUUAUGGAAGCGAUGUCUAGCAUGUACGAGAAGUCAUCUGCAGCGAACAAAGUUUUCAUGAUCAGAGAGCUGGUGAACACAAGGAUGAAAGAAGGCACUUCAGUUACGGAGCAUAUCAACAAGUUGAAUUCGAUCUUAGCCAGACUUUUGUCAGUGGGCAUUAAGUUCGAUGAUGAAGUUCAAGCUUUGCUACUGCUAUCGUCUUUAUCUGAUACUUGGUCCGGAACGGUUACCGGUUCAGUGGGACCCGAUGGAUUCACCUUUGAUCAGAUUCGAGAUUGUGUCGUUUGUGUUCCGUUUCUCUCGUUUCUCGCAGAUUAUUUAUUGGUGUUGUGUGCUUAAU